UCCACUUUAAAUCAUGCGGCUAUAGCAUGCGGCAUCCUCUUUGAGAUCGCAUUGGGCCAAUCAUUGUCCGUGGGCUCAUUUGCAUCAUCACACACCCAGCCACUGCGCUCCUCCGAGGGGCGGGCGUUAGAGACAUUUAGUUUGACAUUGUAAAUAAGCAAGGGACAGUUGUUUGAGAAGUCAGUUGUUCAGUCCGGCUCCGUCCAGCCACAGUAGAGAAGACGAUCUGCAGGGGACAGAUUUUCCGAGGCUCACUAAUCGAGGCGAUCAUCCGCUCUCCCCGCGUCCUUUAUUCAACUUUCUGCGGCUUUUGUUUGGUGGUUUUUUUUCUCUCUCGUUCUUUUCCUUCCCUGACCCCUAUCCUGCUGCUCAAGGUAACUUAAAACAGGAAGUUGAGUGUCUGUGAAAGGGGGCGGAGAUGAGAGGGUCAGCAGGGAGGAGGGGAAUGACAGAUGUUUCGGCCAAUAGUGGCAGAGACCGAUUCAGGCUCAUUUGAAGAAUCCACCAAGGGGGUGGGGAUCGUAGAGAUAGGCGGGCUGAGAGUAUCGUUUAGCAAGCUAGAUUGAUUACACUCGAGUGUUAAAGGGAAAGCAGUCAGGAGAUUUUUGUUCCGACUUGUUUUACAGCUCUGCAUUGCUCUCACACUUUUGUUUCUUUUCAUCCUUCUCUUUUUUUCCACCUCUCCCUCACUUUCUCGCCUGUUUUUCCGGUCACUUGCAGAGCCAGGGGUCAGCUGAAAGACAAACAGUAGGGUUGCCAGGCAGAGGCCAACUCCAGGCUCCAGGCGGCUUCACGGGACUCGGACAGGGGAGGAAUGGGAGGGGGUUGUGUGUUUAGGAAAGGGGGGAGGGGGGUGGCUGAAGAAGAUGGGCUAGUUGAAGGGGGAGGGUUCGGAACGGGGUGGGCGGGGGGGCGUUAGGUGAUCGCGUUCCCCUCAGCUCAGGGCUUUGAACACAGCGGUGGAUCGCCUAUCCCACACAGCCUUUUGUCUCCUCUUGGGACAGAGCCUGUGGAAUAAAGACACUUAUGGAGACUUUUGAGAUGUCCUCCUCCGUCACAGCAUAUGAAGGGCAUAGGCAGAUCUGGAGAUGUCGGCAGACUCAUUUGGAGCAGGCGGCAGCGAUGCCCAGCAGAGCCUACAGACCUUUUGGCCCAGAGUGAUGGAAGAGAUCAGGAAUCUUACUGUGAAGGAUUUCCGUGUGCAAGAGCUUCCUCUUGCUCGCAUCAAGAAAAUUAUGAAACUGGAUGAGGAUGUGAAGAUGAUCAGUGCUGAGGCACCGGUGCUGUUUGCCAAAGCGGCACAGAUCUUCAUCACAGAGCUCACUCUCAGAGCCUGGAUCCACACUGAGGACAACAAACGGCGUACACUGCAGAGGAAUGACAUCGCCAUGGCCAUCACUAAGUUUGACCAGUUUGACUUCCUCAUUGAUAUCGUUCCCCGGGAUGACCUCAAGCCUCCAAAACGACAGGAGGAAGUGCGUCAGUCUGUCGCCCCGACUGAGCCGGUCCAGUAUUACUUCACUCUGGCGCAGCAGCCCAGCGCAGUGCAGGUCCAAGGUCAGCAGCAAGGCCAGCAGGUGUCCGCUCCCACCGCCACCACACUACAGCCCGGGCAGAUUAUCAUCGCUCAACCCCAGCAGGGCCAGGUAUUGCAGGGAACCAGCAUGCAGCAGCUACAGCAGGUGCAAGUUGCUCAAUCACAGGCGACCCCUAUCACGAGUGCUCCUGUGACCAUGCAGGUGGGCGAGGGCCAGCAGGUGCAGAUCGUGCAGGCGACCUCGCAGGGGCAGGCGCAGGCGCAGGCGGCACAGUCGGCGGGGCAGACCAUGCAGGUCAUGCAGCAGAUCAUCACCAACACAGGAGAGAUCCAGCAGAUUCCAGUGCAGCUCAACACCGGCCAGCUGCAGUAUAUUCGCUUGGCUCAGCCCGUCUCAGGAACACAGGUUGUUCAAGGACAAAUACAGACACUUGCAACAAACGCUCAGCAGAUUACACAGACGGAAGUACAACAGGGUCAGCAACAGUUCAACCAGUUCACUGAUGGGCAGCAGCUGUAUCAGAUCCAGCAGGUGACGAUGCCGGCGGGACAGGAGUUGACCCAGCCCAUGUUCAUUCAGUCCACCAGCCAGACGACCGACGGCCAGGUCAACACACAGGUCAGCGCAGACUGAGGCCGUUCAUCCCGACACCCCCAACCGGAGCUCAAACACACACCAACAUCCUUCCACUUUCCUUCAUCUCAUGCCAUUUUCUGAUCAAGUUCUCCAUUUAAUUCAGCAGUCGAAUAAUAAACUUUAGAUUUACGCUUCAUAACUUACCGUCCAAAUGACAUGUUUUGUUAAAGUGUGGGUCUCUUUCAUACAGAACUAAUUAAUGGAAGGAUCAAUGUGUAGUGGGAGAGAUUUGCUUUCUGCCAUUUGAUUUUCAACUAUGUCUUCUGAGAUAUGGUGAAAGUAUGAACCCACUGUCUUCCUUUCAGUAUGGGUAGAAUAUGUCCUUGUUUCAUAGUUUAAUGUGGAUGUGGGUAGAGAUUCAGUGAUCGUGACAUUAGAGUGAAGCUUGUGGAACUGGAGCAGGAGGGCACUUCUCAGCUGUGGGGGCAUGUACAGUGGAAAAUAUCAAAAAUACCUUUUUUGUUUGUGUUUUUAAGCCCUCAUUCAUUUUGACUGAUCAUGCCAUCUCAUGAUGUGUAGAAUUUGAAACUUGAUGAUAAAAAGCCAUAAUCUACACAUUCUGUAUCUCUGUAGUUUAACUAUAGUAAUUGUAUUGGUUCAGUUGUAGUAUCUUGUAUAGUUUUGAAAUUUGAUAACAUUGUAUUUGUUAAAGGGCUUCUUAUUGUUGGGUUUUCUACAUGCGAAUGGUCCUCUUCGUGUGAAUGUGUGCUGGUAAUUGAUGUGCUUUCCUUGCGUUUGUUUCUGAAACCGAUUUAAAGAGACUUCUUCUGCCCAUUUCAAUUGAACUGCUCCACUGUUACCUACUUUAUAAAACAAUUUAAGUAAAUAAAAAAAAAAACUUUUAUAUAAACUGUUUUAAUACCAGCUCUUUUUUUUAUUGCUUUUUUUUCACAUUAUAAUUGUUGGUCAUGUUGUUUUGCAUGUAGUUAUGACUCCCAGCAUGAUAUGCAAUACCUACAGUAGGUGCAAAUUUUAUUUUUGUUGUUUUGUUUGUUUUGUAAACAGACCUUGGUUUGUGAGAAAAUAAAAACUCCCAAAAAA